AGAAUGGCGACUGCUGAUCUGAGAGAGGAGCUAACCUGCCCCAUCUGCCUGAGCAUUUAUACAGAUCCUGUAAAUCUCAGCUGUGGCCAUAACUUCUGCCUGGGCUGUAUUGAGAGUGUGCUGGGUACCCAGGAGGGUUCUGGGGUUUAUUCCUGUCCUCAGUGCAGAAAGGGAUUCAGUAACAGACCUGAGCUGCAGAGGAACAUAGCACUGUGUAAUGUAGUGACGCAUUUACAGAUUACUCAGCCAGAGCAAAUAGACACUGGGGUCCUCUGCACUUACUGUGUUCACUCUCCUGUACCUGCGGCUAAAUCAUGUCUGCAUUGUGAGGCUUCUCUGUGUGACACCCACCUGAGGGUACACAGCAGGUCUGAGGAACACGUCUUAACUGAACCCACCACUUCCUGGGGUAACAGAAAAUGCUACAAACACAGGGAGCUCCUGAAAUAUUACUGCACUGAGGAUGCUGCCUGUAUCUGUGUGUCCUGCUCCCUGGCCGGAGAGCACAGGGGACACCAGUUGGAGCUGCUGAAUGAGGCUUCUGAGAAGAAGAAAGAGAAACUGAGAAAUGUUAUGCAGAAACUGACCACAAAGAGAGAGAAGACUGAGAAAAGAGUCCAGAGUCUGCAGGAGCACAGGAGAGGGGUGCAAGAGAAAGCAGCUGGUGUAACAGAGCGACUCACUGCCCUGAUUAGGGACAUCAGGAAAGAGCUGGAUGACCUAGAGAAGCGAGUCCUGAGUGACAUCACCCGGCAGCAGGAGCAGGUUUUACUCCCAAUCUCUGAUCUGAUCCAGCAGCUGGAAAAAGAGAAGGACGAGCUGACCAGGAAGAUGAGUCACAUUGAGGAGCUGUACAACAUGACUGACCCAUUAACUGUCCUACAAGAACAGGAAUCACACAGAGAUGACUUUUGUGGUGCUGAGAAGGGAGAUAAUGAGGUCACACAGAGUGGUGAUAAACAGGUCCCUGCUGGGGGGGAUUUAGAUGAGGGUCUGAUCUCAGUGACCUUAUACAGAGGUUUAGCUGAUAUUGUGACUGAUAUAAAGAGAGGGCUCUAUAUGCAGGUGACAUCAGACAUAUUACUGGAUAUAAACACAGCUUAUAAUAAUGUUAUUGUAUCAGAUGACCUGAAAACUGCAUCCUGGUUAGGUAUAAACCAGCAGCGACCAGUAACACCAGAGAGAUUUACAGAUUAUCCUCAGGUAUUAAGCACCAGGACCUUUUCCUCAGGACAACAUUACUGGGAAGUGCAGAUCAGUGAAUCAAUGCUCUGGCGUGUAGGGGUUUGUUAUCCCAGUAUGGAGAGGGGAGGAGAUCAGUCUGAGAUAGGAGAGAAUAACAAGUCCUGGGGUUUGUUUAGUUAUUAUAAAGAUCUUUCAGUGAUACAUAACACAAUAUACACCUCAUUACACCCCCCUCUAUCAUGUGACACAGUAGGAAUACUGCUGGACUAUGAGGCUGGGCGUCUGACCUUUUAUGAGCUGUGUGACCCGAUCAGACACUUACACACUGUCACUGUCACCUUCACUGAGCCUCUUCAUGCUGCAUUCAGGGUAUGGGGUGAUGGUGCCUGGGUGAGAAUCCUGCACUAGAUACACUGUCACAUAAUAAUAAUUCUGCGUUCUGUGUAUAUAAAGAUGGUGCCUGUGUGAGAAUCCUGCACUAGAUACACUGUCACAUAAUAAUAAUGCUGCAUUCUGUGUAUAUAAAGAUGGUACCUGGGUGAGAAUCCUGUGCUAGAUACACUGUCACAUAAAAAUAAUGCUGCAUUCUGUGUAUAUAAAGAUGGUGCCUGGGUGAGAAUCCUGCGCUAGAUACACUGUCACAUGAUAAUAAUGCUGCAUUCUGUGUAUAUAAAGAUGGUGCCUGUGUGAGAAGCCUGC